UAUUCAGAUCUGAAGAUUAGUCAGAUUCGAGUGUUUUAUUUGAAAUUAGACAAAAUAAUUGAUUGUAAAAAUAGGAAAAUUGCACGAAGGUCUUUAUUAUUAGUCCAUUGCUUUUGUUAUCAUUUUUGAGUUUUCAUACAGCUGAAUGUGUCUAGACAAAUAUUUUCGAUCGCGGUAACAGAGAUAUCAUUUCUUACCGAGUUUUCCGUCUGGUUCCUGGUGAACUGAAAUCACGCGAAAACAAUUAGGCGAAUCGAGUUUCUCCGUGCGAACAGGUGAACAACAAGUACGAGAGCUCGUCAUCCUCUUACCCGGAAUGCGUGCACGAAUAUCAAUCUAUGCUGAGUAUCGAAAGUUCCGUCGAGGGAUUCGUAUCGAGAAUGGACAAAGAUCACUUGUGCAUAACGCCGAACUGCAUGCAAGAGGAUACCGGAGAAGCGGAAUUGAAUCUGGACACGUCGAAUGAUACGAAAACUAAACAAACGGUAAAAUGUAAAUAUGCGCCGGGGAACGACGCAAAUUCCACUUGCAAAAUGAACGAAGCCGCGACCAGAAUACGGAAGAGGAAAGGAAAAUUACGAAGCUCGGAUUCCAAGAGCACGGUCAUGACAAAGGACACGGGUAGGAAGGAAGCGAGAAGACGCAAGAACAAAGGUAAAAUCGUCCCUGCAUCGAGGGGCGAGAAACAUUUAAAGGAUGAAAAAUAUUUAAAGGAUAACGAAGCAGCGAUAAUGAAUAUAAUUAUUUGCCGUCAAAUGUGUCGUCUCGACAGCGUAACAACCGACAGUGUCCAGAAGCAAUACAAUUCGAACGACUCACCGACGCAGUGCAAAGCACACCAACGCGAGCAAACUGUGUACGGCGAGUUCAACGAUUCGAUGUUUACACCCAACUACGAGAUGCCGACUCUGGCGUCGAAGUUGAAGCGCUCGAGUAGAUCGUACUUCGGCAGGUUUAAUUCCCGCAAUAUACCGUUCGUAGUGAGUACCUCAGUGACCCCGAGUCACAAUCUUGGAUUGAACAUUCAGCAAGUUUUGAACGUAAUGAAGACGAGACAACCGAUCAUGGACGACAUUACUCCUUUGUUGAUACGUAAAGUCAGCAGGAGCAUGAGACCGGUAUCAACUCUUCUGGAACAGAUAAACAUGCAGUACGACAGAUCUAUUUUCGACCUCAAGUCGCAGACGACCGGUCAGCUCAACAAUAAGGAAAGUCCGAAUAUUAAGCAAGACAGAAGAUUAUCUAUGCUCGAGUUGCAACACGUGGCGAAGGCACAGAGCGUUCAAACCGCAGAAUCCGAUAUCGCGAAGACGAUUCCUGGAAGCGAUAGCGCCCGAUUUUAUAAGGAGAAGGACGACUUUUACGAGGAGUGCAAGAUGAAGCAGCAGCCCACCGUCGUCGCGAAUAGGAACAGCACAUCGGUACAUGCGAGAAACCAACAACGAAACUCGAGGAUAUCGUUGUUAAGCAAGGAGGACAAUAUCGGCGAUCAUAAAAUGCACGUCGCUGACCCGCAUCAUUCCAAAGAAAUACGCGACGUUUUGAUUAAUCUUCAUGAUCAAUUCGAAGAGAUGAACACGCGAUACGAGACAUUGCAGUCGGAAAUGGAGAGGUCCGACGACGCGGCUCUAUCGAAACAACUGUCCAGCUUGGAGAAAGAGCUGCAAGUGAAAGAGGAGGAGAUCAACGCUAUUGUCGGUCUUUACAAAGAAGUGAUGUCGUUGAAGCAGCAAAUGAAGACGUUGCACAAGAAGAGCAGCCUCGGUUGCGUAGCGACUGGAUCGACCAUAGGAAUGCAAAAGAGCCCUUUCCCGUUGUCACUCAUAUCCGGGAAGUCUCAAUUGACGAAUACCGCGCAAAUUCUCGGCCGACGAAGAGCGUCGAAUGUUUAUGGCGGAACGCGAGAACUGCCUGUCUCCAUGCAGCUGACUGCGUUAUUACGGCAAAUCCAAACCUUCCAUAAACAACUCGUGUCGUAA